GCCGCGCCGCGCCCCCGCCAGCUCCGCUGCCCAGCGCCAGGCCGGGGGCCCGCCGCGCCUCCGCAGCACCCGGCACCCUGAGCUCGCUGUGGCGGUGGAUCGCUGCUCAGAUCGCCAGGCUCACGAGAGUGCUGAGAGCCCAGUUUGGAGGAGCGAUGGAAGAGUCUUCCCAAGCCACUAAGCCCCUGGAGAUGAGCCCCCACUCUCGCUUCAUCAUUGGCUCUGUGUCAGAAGAUAACUCAGAAGAUGAGACAAGCUCCUUGGUGAAGCUGGACCUCCUGGAGGAGAAGGAGAGGUCCUUGUCCCCUGCAUCUGUCUGCUCAGAUUCCCUUUCAGAUCUUGGACUUCCCAACGCCCAGGAUGGCCCCGCGAGCCACAUGAGGCCCAGCAUGUCAGGUCUGCACCUGGUGAAGCAGGGGCGGGACAGGAAGAAGGUGGACGUGCAGAGGGACUUCACCGUGGCCUCCCCAGCAGAGUUUGUCACUCGCUUCGGAGGGAAUAAAGUCAUCGAGAAGGUGCUGAUAGCCAACAACGGCAUCGCAGCAGUGAAGUGCAUGAGGUCCAUCCGGCGCUGGUCCUACGAGAUGUUCCGCAACGAGCGAGCCAUCAGAUUUGUUGUCAUGGUGACUCCUGAGGAUCUGAAAGCAAAUGCAGAGUACAUCAAAAUGGCAGAUCACUACGUCCCGGUUCCUGGAGGACCCAACAACAACAACUAUGCAAAUGUGGAGCUCAUUCUUGAUAUUGCCAAGAGGAUUCCAGUGCAGGCUGUGUGGGCUGGCUGGGGCCAUGCAUCUGAGAACCCGAAGCUGCCAGAGCUGCUGCACAAAAACGGGAUUGCUUUCAUGGGUCCUCCAAGCCAAGCCAUGUGGGCCUUAGGAGAUAAAAUUGCUUCUUCAAUAGUGGCUCAGACUGCUGGCAUCCCCACUCUGCCUUGGAGCGGCAGUGGCCUUCGUGUGGACUGGCAGGAGAAUGACCUCCAGAAGCGCAUCCUGAACGUCCCCCAGGAGCUGUACGAGAAGGGCUACGUGAAGGACGCAGACGAUGGACUGCGGGCUGCUGAGGAGGUUGGCUACCCUGUCAUGAUCAAGGCUUCUGAAGGAGGAGGAGGAAAAGGAAUUAGGAAAGUUAACAAUGCAGAUGACUUCCCCAACCUCUUCAGACAGGUGCAGGCCGAGGUGCCAGGCUCGCCCAUCUUCGUGAUGCGCCUGGCCAAGCAGUCGCGGCACCUGGAGGUGCAGAUCCUGGCCGACCAGUACGGCAACGCCAUCUCCCUCUUCGGCCGCGACUGCUCCGUGCAGCGCCGGCACCAGAAGAUCAUCGAGGAGGCGCCGGCCUCCAUCGCCACCUCCGUGGUCUUUGAGCACAUGGAGCAGUGUGCAGUGAAGCUUGCCAAGAUGGUAGGUUACGUGAGUGCAGGCACCGUGGAGUACCUCUACAGCCAGGAUGGCAGCUUCUACUUUCUGGAGCUGAAUCCCCGCCUGCAAGUGGAGCAUCCCUGCACAGAGAUGGUUGCUGAUGUCAACCUGCCAGCAGCACAGCUCCAGAUUGCCAUGGGCAUUCCCCUGCACAGGAUCAAGGACAUCAGGGUGAUGUAUGGAGUCUCUCCCUGGGGGGAUGCAGCUAUUGACUUUGAGAACUCGGCGCACGUGCCCUGCCCCCGCGGCCACGUCAUCGCCGCACGCAUCACCAGCGAGAACCCCGACGAGGGGUUUAAGCCCAGCUCUGGCACGGUGCAGGAGCUGAACUUCCGCAGCAAUAAGAACGUCUGGGGCUACUUCAGCGUGGCUGCUGCAGGAGGGCUGCAUGAGUUUGCUGACUCUCAGUUUGGUCACUGCUUCUCCUGGGGAGAGAACCGAGAGGAAGCCAUCUCGAACAUGGUGGUGGCCUUGAAGGAGCUGUCCAUCCGCGGGGACUUCCGCACCACGGUGGAGUACUUGAUCAAGCUGCUGGAGACAGAGAGCUUCCAGCAGAACCGCAUCGACACGGGCUGGCUGGACCGCCUCAUAGCCGAGAAAGUCCAGGCUGAAAGGCCUGACACCAUGCUGGGAGUGGUGUGUGGAGCUCUGCAUGUGGCUGAUGUGAGCCUCAGAAACAGUGUCUCAAACUUCCUGCACUCUCUAGAAAGGGGCCAGGUGCUGCCUGCUCACACUCUGCUGAACACUGUGGACGUGGAACUCAUCUACGAAGGAGGGAAAUAUGUGCUGAAGGUGACCAGGCAGUCUCCCAACUCCUACGUGGUGAUCAUGAACAGCUCCUGCGUGGAGGUGGAUGUGCACCGCCUGAGCGACGGAGGCCUGCUCCUCUCCUACGAUGGCAGCAGCUACACCACCUACAUGAAAGAGGAAGUGGACAGGUACCGCAUCACCAUCGGCAACAAGACCUGCGUGUUCGAGAAGGAGAACGACCCCUCCCUGCUGCGCUCGCCCUCCGCCGGCAAGCUCAUCCAGUACGUGGUGGAGGACGGGGGACACGUGUUUGCAGGCCAGUGCUUUGCAGAAAUAGAGGUGAUGAAGAUGGUGAUGACACUGACAGCAGGAGAGUCAGGCUGCAUCCAUUAUGUCAAACGCCCAGGAGCAGUCCUGGAUCCAGGCUGUGUGAUUGCCAAGCUCCAGCUGGAUGAUCCCAGCAGGGUUCAGCAGGCGGAGCUGCACACGGGCACCCUGCCGCAGAUCCAGAGCACUGCGCUGCAGGGAGAGAAGCUGCACCGCAUCUUCCACUGCGUCCUGGACAACCUGGUGAACAUCAUGAAUGGCUACUGCCUGCCAGAGCCCUUCUUCAGCAGCAAGGUGAAGGGCUGGGUUGAGCGACUCAUGAAGACACUGAGAGACCCCUCCCUGCCUCUGCUGGAGCUGCAGGACAUCAUGACAAGUGUUUCUGGCCGGAUCCCACCCAAUGUAGAGAAGUCCAUCAAGAAGGAGAUGGCUCAGUAUGCCAGCAACAUCACCUCAGUGCUCUGCCAGUUUCCCAGCCAGCAGAUCGCCAACAUCCUGGACAGCCACGCGGCCACCCUGAACCGCAAGUCGGAGCGAGAGGUCUUCUUCAUGAACACCCAGAGCAUCGUGCAGCUCGUGCAGAGAUACCGGAGUGGCAUUCGGGGCCACAUGAAGGCAGUGGUGAUGGAUCUGCUGCGCCAGUAUCUGAAGGUGGAGACUCAGUUCCAGCACGGGCACUAUGACAAGUGUGUGUUCAGCCUGCGGGAGGAGAACAAGAGCGAUAUGAACGCGGUGCUCAACUACAUCUUCUCACACGCCCAGGUCACCAAGAAGAACCUGCUGGUUACAAUGCUCAUUGACCAGCUCUGUGGCCGUGACCCCACCUUGACAGAUGAGCUGAUUAAUAUUCUGACGGAGCUGACCCAGCUCAGCAAGACGACCAACGCCAAAGUGGCCCUGCGGGCGCGGCAGGUUCUCAUUGCCUCCCACCUGCCCUCCUACGAGCUGCGCCACAACCAGGUGGAGUCCAUCUUCCUGUCUGCCAUCGACAUGUACGGACACCAGUUCUGCAUCGAGAACCUGCAGAAGCUCAUUCUGUCCGAGACAUCCAUCUUCGACGUGCUUCCCAACUUCUUCUACCACAGUAACCAGGUGGUGAGAAUGGCAGCUUUGGAGGUGUACGUCCGCAGGGCAUACAUCGCCUACGAGCUGAACAGCGUCCAGCACCGCCAGCUGAAGGACAACACUUGUGUGGUGGAGUUCCAGUUCAUGCUGCCUACCUCCCAUCCCAACAGAGGGAACAUCCCCACGCUCAACAGGAUGUCCUUCUCCUCCAACCUCAACCACUACGGCAUGGUGCACGUGGCCAGCGUGAGCGACGUGCUGCUGGACAACUCCUUCACGCCGCCGUGCCAGCGCAUGGGCGGCAUGGUCUCCUUCCGCACCUUCGACGACUUCGUCAGAAUCUUUGAUGAGGUGAUGGGUUGCUUCUGUGACUCUCCUCCCCAGAGCCCAACCUUCCCAGAAGCUGGCCAUGCCUCCCUCUACGAUGAGGACAAGGCUGCCCGGGAGGAGCCCAUUCACAUCCUGAACGUGGCCAUUAAGACCGACGGCGAUGUGGAUGACGAUGGCCUGGCUGCCAUGUUCAGGGAGUUCACACAGAGCAAGAAGUCGGUCCUGAUGGAGCACGGCAUCCGGCGCCUGACCUUCCUGGUGGCACAGAAGGACUUCAGGAAACAGGUCAACUAUGAGGUGGAUCAGAGAUUCCACAGGGAAUUCCCGAAGUUCUUCACCUUCCGUGCCCGGGAUAAGUUCGAGGAGGACAGGAUCUACCGGCACCUGGAGCCGGCCCUGGCCUUCCAGCUGGAGCUCAACCGCAUGAGGAACUUUGACCUCACUGCCAUCCCCUGUGCCAACCACAAGAUGCAUCUCUACCUGGGAGCAGCUAAAGUGGAAGUGGGAACAGAGGUGACAGACUACAGGUUCUUCGUGAGGGCUAUCAUAAGGCAUUCAGACCUGGUUACCAAGGAAGCCUCCUUCGAGUACCUGCAGAACGAGGGCGAGCGCCUGCUGCUGGAGGCCAUGGACGAGCUGGAGGUGGCCUUCAACAACACCAACGUCCGCACCGACUGCAACCACAUCUUCCUCAACUUCGUGCCCACUGUCAUCAUGGACCCCUCCAAGAUCGAGGAGUCGGUGCGCUCGAUGGUGAUGCGCUACGGCAGCCGCCUCUGGAAGCUGAGAGUGCUGCAGGCCGAGCUGAAGAUCAACAUCCGCCUGACGCCCACGGGCAAGGCCAUCCCCAUCCGCCUCUUCCUCACCAACGAGUCAGGAUACUACCUGGACAUCAGCCUCUACAAGGAAGUGACCGACCCCAGGACAGCGCAGAUCAUGUUCCAGGCUUAUGGAGACAAACAGGGGCCUCUCCACGGGAUGCUGAUCAAUACCCCUUACGUCACCAAGGACCUGCUGCAGUCCAAGAGGUUCCAGGCACAGUCUCUGGGCACCUCCUACGUCUAUGACAUCCCAGAGAUGUUCCGGCAGUCCCUGAUCAAGCUCUGGAGCUCCAUGAAGGAGCUGGCACUGCUGCCCACGCCGCCGCUGCCUUCCGACAUCCUCACCUACACCGAGCUGGUGCUGGACGAUCAGGGCCAGCUGGUGCACAUGAACAGGCUGCCAGGAGGAAACGAGAUUGGGAUGGUGGCCUGGAAGAUGACCCUGAAGACCCCCGAGCACCCCGAGGGCCGGGACAUCAUCGUGAUCGGCAACGACAUCACCUACCAGAUCGGCUCCUUCGGGCCGCAGGAGGAUCUGCUCUUCCUGCGGGCCUCGGAGCUGGCGCGGGCCCAGGGCAUCCCUCGCCUCUACGUGGCUGCCAACAGCGGCGCCAGGAUCGGCCUGGCCGAGGAGAUCAGGCACAUGUUCCACGUCGCCUGGGAGGACCCCGAUGACCCCUACAAGGGAUACAAAUACUUGUACCUGACUCCUCAAGACUACAAGAAAGUCAGUGCCCUGAACUCAGUUCACUGUGAGCAUGUGGAGGACAAUGGAGAGUCCAGGUACAAGAUAACAGAUAUCAUUGGGAAGGAAGAUGGGCUUGGAACAGAGAACCUCAGAGGGUCUGGCAUGAUUGCUGGAGAAUCAUCCUUAGCCUAUGACAGCAUCAUCACCAUCAACCUGGUUUCCUGCCGGGCCAUCGGGAUCGGGGCGUACCUGGUGCGGCUGGGCCAGAGGACGAUCCAGGUGGAGAACUCUCACAUAAUCCUGACUGGCUGUGGAGCCCUCAACAAAGUGCUGGGCAGGGAGGUUUACACCUCCAACAACCAGCUGGGUGGGAUCCAGAUCAUGCACAACAAUGGGGUGACACACAGCACUGUCUGUGAUGACUUUGAGGGGGUCUACACCAUCCUGCAGUGGCUUUCCUACAUGCCAAAGAAUGUGCUCAGCCCUGUUCCUAUCCUCAAAGUGAAGGAUCCCAUCGACAGGACCAUAGACUUUGUUCCCACCAAGACGCCCUAUGACCCUCGCUGGAUGCUGGCCGGGCGCCCACACCCAAAUCAAAAAGGACAGUGGCAGAGUGGUUUCUUUGACCAUGGCUCGUUCCUGGAGAUCAUGCAGCCCUGGGCACAGACUGUUGUGGUGGGCAGAGCAAGGCUGGGAGGGAUACCUGUAGGAGUGGUUGCCGUAGAAACGCGGACGGUGGAGCUCAGCAUCCCUGCUGAUCCUGCAAACCUGGACUCUGAGGCCAAGAUAAUCCAGCAGGCUGGGCAGGUGUGGUUCCCUGACUCUGCCUUCAAGACUGCACAAGCUAUCAAUGACUUCAACAGAGAGGGGCUGCCUCUGAUGGUCUUUGCUAACUGGAGAGGCUUCUCUGGAGGAAUGAAAGACAUGUAUGACCAAGUGCUCAAGUUUGGUGCCUACAUCGUGGAUGGCCUGAGGGAGUACCACCAGCCUGUGCUUGUCUACAUCCCCCCCCAGGCAGAGCUGAGGGGAGGCUCCUGGGUGGUGAUUGACCCUACCAUCAACCCCCGGCACAUGGAGAUGUAUGCAGACCGGGAGAGCAGAGGAGGAAUCCUGGAGCCGGAGGGGACGGUGGAAAUCAAGUUCCGCAGGAAGGACCUGGUGAAGACCAUGCGGAGGGUGGACCCUGUCUACAUCCGCCUGGCAGAGAGGCUGGGCACCCCCGAGCUGAGCCCUGCUGAGAGGAAGGAGCUGGAGAGCAAGCUGAAGGAGAGGGAGGAGUUCCUGAUCCCCAUCUACCAUCAGGUGGCCAUGCAGUUCGCAGACCUGCACGACACGCCGGGCCGCAUGCAGGAGAAGGGAGUCAUAACCGACAUCCUGGACUGGAAGACCUCCCGGAGCUUCUUCUACUGGCGGCUGCGGCGCCUGCUGCUGGAGGACGUGGUGAAGAGGAAGAUCCACGCUGCCAACCCCGACCUGACCGACGGCCAGAUCCAGGCCAUGCUGCGCCGCUGGUUCGUGGAGGUGGAGGGCACCGUCAAGGCCUACCUGUGGGACAGCAACAAGGACCUGGUGGAGUGGCUGGAGAAGCAGCUGACGGAGGAGGAGGGAGUGCGCUCCGUGGUGGAGGAGAACAUCAAAUACAUCUCCAGGGACUACAUCCUCAAGCAGAUCCGCAGCCUGGUGCAGGCCAACCCCGAGGUGGCCAUGGAUUCCAUCGUGCACAUGACCCAGCACAUCUCCCCCACCCAGCGGGCCGAGGUGGUGCGGAUCCUCUCCACCAUGGACUCUCCUUCCUCCACGUAAGAGCAGCGACCUCCUGCGCCCCCUCCUGCGCCCCCUGCCCGCAGCGCAGGGCCAGGACGAGCCCGGAGCUGCCCGGGGGCCGCCCGGCCGUGGCCACCGCACCGACAGGGAGGCUCGGGGAAGGCUGCAGGAGGGACACUUCCCUUUCCCAAACCAGCCCAAGCAGAGGAGCUGCUGGCCAGGGCCGGGGCGGAGAAACACAGGGCCACGGCCCCGGGCAGCCCUGGCUCCACCUUAUUUAUUCAAGAGCCUGAGCACAGCCAGGGCCAGGCGAUGAAGGGUGCUGUGGCACCCUGAGCCCUUGGCAUGGCACGGCAGGGCUCCUUCCCUGACCCCCCCUGCUCCUCCUCCC